AUGACACCUCCGAGUAGUUAUCCUUCUCUGUAUUCUUCGCCUUCGCUGCCAAGAACUCAGCAAACCAAGCAAAACCCUAGUUUGAUCACUCAACCCAGCACCAUUUCCUCGAAAAGUCUCUUCCUUUCGAGCAAUUCGACUUCUUUAUGCAAUACCCAUUUGGCAAAACGCCGGAAUUUGGCUUUGAAGGCGUCAGAGGCUGAGUCGUCAGCUAAAGCCGAUGCUGGGGGAGAAGAAGAAGAGAAGUAUGAAACAUAUGAAGUGGAGGUAGAGCAGCCUUAUGGUCUGAAAUUCAGGAAAGGAAGAGAUGGUGGGACUUACAUUGACGCUAUCUUGCCCGGUGGAUUUGCCGACAAAACCGGAAAAUUCACCGUCGGCGACAGAGUUAUCGCCACAAGUGCAGUGUUUGGGACAGAGAUUUGGCCUGCAGCAGAGUACGGUAGGACAAUGUACACAAUCCGUCAGAGGAUUGGUCCGUUGCUUAUGCAAAUGGAGAAGCGAUAUGGUAAAGUGGAUGAUUCUGGUGAGUUAACAGAGAAAGAGAUAAUAAGAGCCGAGAGAAAUGCUGGAUACAUCAGCAGUAGAUUGAGGGAAAUUCAGAUGCAAAACUAUUUGAGGAAAAAAGAACUGAAAGCUCAACGGGAGAAGGAUCUUCGUGAAGGGCUUCAGUUUUCCAAGAAUGGUAAAUAUGAGGAAGCAUUGGAGAGAUUUGAGUCUGUGUUAGGCUCUAAACCAACACCAGAUGAAGCAUCAGUUGCGAGUUACAAUGUUGCUUGUUGCUACUCAAAGCUUAAUCAGGUUCAAGCUGGUCUCUCGGCUUUAGAAGAAGCAUUGAAGUCAGGGUAUGAAGAUUUCAAGAGAAUCCGAAGCGAUCCGGAUCUGGAAAACAUCAGGAAGUCGGAGGAUUUUGAUCCACUCAUGAAGCAAUUCGAUGAAUCAUUCAUCAACGAGGGUGCCAUUAACGCCAUCAAAUCCUUGUUUGGCUUUAACAAGAAAUAG